AUGGCAGGCGAAGGACCCAUGCUCCAAAACACAGUCUUCGACUGGAUUGUUUCAGGACGAGUUCCCAAACAGUCGAAUGAGCUUCAAUCAGCAGUGUCCUUAUCAUGUACAACGACGGACAUUCACAACCUACUGACAAGGUUCUGGGAGUUGGAAACGUGUAGAUCCAACAGUACACAGUCAGUUGAGGAAUCUGCGUGUGAGAUGCUAUUCGCUCAGACUGUAGCACGCGACGACAGCGGAAGAUUCGUCGUUACCUUGCCGAAAAGAGAGUUCAUCCUUCAGCAGAUCGGUGAUUCAAAAGACAUAGCUUUGCGUCGAUUUGCGGGGUUAGAAAGGCGGUUUCAGUCGAAUUUCGAGUUGAGGUUGAGAUACACUGAGAUUAUCCUUGAGUUUCAACAACUAGGUCACAUGAAGGAGGUAAUGAGUCAAACCGAUGAGCACCCCGUAUUCUACCUUCCACACCACGCAGUUUUGAAGCCAGACAGCACAACGACCAAACUCCGAGUAGUGUUCGAUGCCUCGUGCAAGUCGUCAUCCGGAGUUUCAUUGAAUGACGCAUUAAUGGUUGGCCCUGUAGUUCAAGAAGAUCUUUUAUCGAUCACUAUCCGUUUCCGUCUUCAUCCAGUCGCUAUCGUCGCCGAUAUUGAAAAAAUGUACCGGAUGAUAAAGGUGUUACCAUUCGAUCAACAUCUUCAACGCAUAUUAUGGAGGGAUUCAGUCAACGAACCAGUACGGUUGUUUGAGUUAACGGCGGUUACAUAUAGUACAGCAUCCGCUCCUUAUCUGGCGACCAAAUGUUUGCAGCGGUUGGCCGAAGAUGGGUUGCAAUCAUUUCCUCGCGCUGCUUGUGCACUGAAGAAAGAUUUCUAUGUCGACGAUAUGUUAACUGGAGCAGGUAACAUCGAAGACGGUAAGCAGUUGACGAAGGAGAUGAUCGUGUUAACGAAUUCAGGGGGUUUCACAUUGCGGAAAUGGGCUUCCAAUUGCCCCACGCUUCUGGCUGAUUUACCACCCUCAUUAUUGGAUGACCGACACUUGAGCUGA